CCGGAACAUUUCCGCGCCGACUUUCGUUUGGACCUGGAUGUCCCAUAAUAAAUUUUGGGAACCAACGUCGCUUUCAGACGCUGAACUCCGACGUAUCGCAAAAAUGAGAGUCGGAAGGAUAUGGAGUCAAUCCCCUCGCUCUUCGAUUUGCGCGUUUUGCGCCCAUCGACUGGGACCAGCCAGGGCCCCGUCACAUACCUCACGACGCUUCCUACAAACAUCGAACUCGAAACUGAAUUCAUCGGCGGCUGCAGAAGCGCGCCAGUUUCAGGGUGCUGAUGACAGAACACAGCUGCCCACGUCUCAGUCCGCAAAAUCCAACUUCUCGACAGGGGGAGGAUUCGGUCGGCCUACAUUUGGCAGCCGGCCAGCAUUUGGAAACACAGGCGGCGGGGGGGGUGGCGCGGUUGCCAAAUCUGGACGUCCUGCAUUUGGCUCGGGGAAGAUUGAGUUGACUGACGAUGAAAAGAGGUUGAGGGAUGCGCUGAAGACACAAGGAGAGGCUGAGGGGCAAACCCAAGCCCGGUCAGGACCGCUAAAGAUACGAAGACCAAUUAAGGUAUAUGGUGGGGCUGGGCCUGAAGCAUCAAGGGCAGGACGGCCACAGCUCCUCGAUCGUGUACAGAAUGCGGCAGUUAUGGCGAAGGAGGCACGACUGGAAAGGGCGAGGCAAAUGGGUGAUGGGAGGCGAAAACGUAAUGAGGCUCUACCUAAAGAUACCGCAGAUGGUACACCACGGUCCUGGAACCAGCUGAAUAGGCGUAUUUUAACCCAAGGCGGAGGCUCCGAUAACAUCUCCAAAGCUGGAUCACAGGAUGGCGAGCAUCACGAGUCAAGGGGAUAUACGUCGCCCUCUGCAAGAAACCGAUAUACGCGCCAACAGCAGCAACCCGAAUUUUCUUCCCACAGGCAAAUCUCUAUAAACAAGUCGUUUUCAGAAGCGUCUGCGCCAGGACUUACACCGGACCCCCCGUUAACUACUUGGCGAGCUGCACCCCAGAAAGUCGAACCUGAGCUUAGCCCGGCGGUACUAAGGUUACGACAAGAGGAAAUAGAGAGAGCAGCGGAACUAGAGCAACGACAGAAACUACGUGAGCAACGCCCACUGCAGCGCUCGGCCGAACACUUGACGUCGUCUUCCCGUGAAAGCGAAAACCUUGGCUUCAAGGGCCGUGGUAAAGACAAGAACAAAGAUCGCCGAAGGGAAGAAUUUGCCACAGAAGAGGACAACCACGUAAACGCUGUCGCCGACCGAAAGGCAGAACUAAAGAAGGAAAGGAAGGCGGCGAAGGCGGCGAAGAAGGCUGCUGCACCUGCCCCGGUGCUAUUGCCGGAAUAUAUCAGCGUUGCGAACCUAGCCACGGUGCUGAAGGUUCGCUUAGAACAUUUCGUCGAGAAGAUGGAGGAGUUGGGCUUCGAGGAGACGGGAACUGACUACGUUCUCAAUGGCGAAACUGCUGGACUCAUCGCCCAAGAGUAUAACUUUGAGCCGCUCAUUGACCGCAGCGAGUCGGAAGACUUGAAGGCUAGACCAGCUGCUGAGGAUCCGUCAAUUUUCCCUCAAAGAGCCCCGGUCGUGACGAUUAUGGGACAUGUUGAUCAUGGGAAAACUACGAUCCUAGAUUACCUGCGAAAAUCUUCUGUUGCGGCAGGUGAAGCAGGAGGUAUCACUCAGCACAUUGGAGCCUUUUCAGUGUCUAUGCCAUCCGGAAAGGUCAUCACAUUCUUAGAUACCCCAGGUCACGCGGCAUUCCUCAAUAUGAGACAACGAGGUGCAAACGUCACGGAUAUUGUCAUCCUUGUCGUUGCAGCAGACGAUAGUGUCAAACCCCAGACGAUUGAGGCAAUUAACCACGCUAAGGGCGCUCGCGUCCCCAUAAUCGUCGCCAUUAACAAGAUAGACAAGGAAGACACCAACAUAGAUCGCGUCAAGCAGGAUCUCGCUCGUCACGGCGUGGAUGUUGAAGAUUACGGAGGCGAUACCCAAGUUGUAUGCGUGAGCGGGAAAACGGGACAGGGCAUGGAUGAGCUUGAAGAAGCUGCCCUCACUCUCUCAGAUGUUCUCGAUAUGCGGGCCGACACUAAAGGUGCAGCUGAGGGCUGGGUCCUAGAAGCUAGCAUCAAAUCAAUGGGCAAGGUUGCCACGGUUCUAGUCCGGUGCGGCACGAUGCGUCCGGGCGACUUCAUCGUCGCGGGAAAGACCUGGGCACGCAUCAGGUGCAUGCGCAAUGAAGCAGGCGUUGAGAUUACAGAAGCUGGCCCAGGAACCCCAGUCGAAAUCGACGGGUGGAAAGAGCAGCCGCUUGCUGGCGACGAGGUUCUCCAGGCACGUACGGAACAGAAGGCAAAGAGCGUGGUGGAUUACCGAGUUGAGAAGGAAGAGCGCGAUCGCUUGGCAGAGGAUAUGGAGGCUAUUAAUGAAGACCGCAAGAUGACGCAUGAGAAGAGAACGAAGGAGAAAUUGGAACUCGAAGCCUCGAAAAGGCGCACCGCUGAAGAGAAUGCCGAGCAUACUGCCCUAGAGGAGGUUCUCGAAGAAGAGCAUGGGCCGAAGCAGGUCUAUUUCAUCCUUAAAGGCGACGUCUCUGGAUCUGUCGAAGCGGUUACUGACAGCAUCGCUGCAAUCGGCAACAGCGAGAUUCGGCCGGUAAUAUUGCGUUCGGGCGUCGGCCACCUCUCCGAGUUCGACGUUGAGCACGCGGCGGUUGCGAAGGGAUUUUUGAUCUCGUUCAACAACCCCAUCGACCCUAUGAUCCAGAAGAAGGCCGAUGCGGCAAAGGUCAAAAUUCUAGACCAUAACAUUAUAUACCGACUUGUGGACGACGUGAAAGGAACAUUGUCGGAGUUCUUGCCGCCGAUUGUGAGCCAUAAGGUCUUGGGAGAGGCUGAGGUCGCGCAGGUGUUUAAUAUUACGAUUAAAGGACGCAAACAGAAGCCGAUUGCAGGGUGCAGGAUACGCAAUGGAGUUGUGGGACGUAACAGCAGGGUUCGGGUGUUCAGACAGGGAAGAAAGGUUUUUGAUGGUGAACUUGAGAGUUUGAAGAACGUCAAGAAGGAUGUCGCUGAAGCUAGGAAGGGUGGUGAGUGUGGUAUGAGCUUCGAGGGCUGGAAUGAGUUCGAGGUUGGUGACCAGGUCCAGUGCUAUGAGGUGAAGGAGGAAAAGAGGUUUUUGUAAGAUGGAGAAUGCUGUACGAUGCGUUGUAACAUAUAGAGUCGCUAUAAUUUGUGUAAGUAGAAACGAAACGAUAGGCACCGGGUGGAUUUGGAAGACUAUCCAUAGCAUAAGGGCACUGGAGGAGUUUGGGACA